UCUUCACCUUGAUUCCUCGAGUUGAUAUCAAGCUAUUAUCAUAUGCCGUCCCAAAUGCAGUGCCGGUAAUUACGGUACCGGCAUUAUCAUGGUUUAUGCCUUUUUGGACUUGAAUGUUUCUACCACUACUUCAAUUGAAAGUGCCAAACGUUAAAGUCCUCAAUUGAGUCUUCGUGUCUGUGUCUAUCCCCCACAGUAGCAUCAGUCUUCAACCCUUCCACCGUCCAAUCUGACGGGUGGAGAGAGCAAUUGGUUGCCACAACGUCAAGAUCACGGGCUUUUCCCUUCCUCUAAACCCCCAAACACGCAUAUCCUCGACCUCCAUCAUGUCUAGCCAGCCGCUUCUUCAGCAAGCCGCAGGCAAGCGCAUCGCCCUCCCCACCCGCGUCGAACCCAAAGUCUUCUUCGCCAACGAACGCACCUUCCUCUCAUGGCUCAACUUCACCGUCAUCCUCGGCGGCCUCGCGGUCGGCUUGCUGAACUUCGGCGACAAGGUGGGCCAGAUCAGUGCCGGCCUAUUCACGAUCGUGGCCAUGGCCGCGAUGAUAUACGCCGUCUUCACGUUCCACUGGCGGGCGCGGAGCAUCCGGCAGCGGGGACAGAGCGGGUUCGACGAUAGAUACGGGCCGACGGUGCUGGCGAUUGCGCUGCUGGCCGCGGUCAUUGUGAACUUUGUGUUGAGGGUGACGAAUGCGGGGAAGAAAUCUUGAUGCGGAAAUGCAGCGGUUGUAGAGAAUGGUGCCCACGGAUUGUUGUAGACUACCAGUCGUGAACGCGGGAGAGGGGAUGGUUAUCAAUCCACCCGGUGGUAGUGUAUAAACGUUUCAUUCCCACAUAAUCCAUUAGGUUAAAUGAAGAUCUCCGGGGGUCUGUACUAUGUACAUUGGAAAAUUACAGUUAGAUCGACGCUGAGAUCAUGUCUAUUCGCUAGCUCCGGUUGGAUUCUUUCUAUCAUGAAUCCAAUCAACCUUUACGGCAUUUUAAGACCAUUGCAUGUUAUCCAUUCG